AAAGAAGUUAAAAAACAUCAUGGCUAAGUUUGCUUCCAUCAUCACCCUCCUCUUCGCUGCUCUUGUUUUCUUCGCUGCUUUUGAAGCACCGAUGAUGGUGGAAGGACAACAACCAAAGUACUGCAGGAAGCAGAGUAAGACAUGGUCAGGUUUAUGUACAAAGAGUGGUUCGUGCAAGAAACAGUGCAUCCGCGUCGAGAAAGCAGCUCAUGGUUCUUGCAAUUAUAUCUUUCCAAUUCACAAGUGUAUCUGUUACUACCUUUGUUAAUAAAACUUUAAUUUUCAUCUACAUCCUUAAAUACUAUCAAUCAUACUUUAUCUUAGUUUUUAAAAUUACAACAAAAAAAACUAAAGUUACAGCAAAAACACACAAAAAAUAGUUGUAAAAAUUUUAUUUUCUAAAGCUCUAUCUUUUUAGUCUGUGAGAAAUUUUAAAGCUACAUCCAUUAAAGCUAAAUCAAAAACCCUACAUACUAAAUUUUAAAGUAAAUUUUCUACAUUUACAACCCAACCAAUCACCUCUAAUAUUUACCAAAAAUCUUGGGUAUAUUUGGUUUUUGGGUGUUUAUUUAUUUCUUUUGGUGUUUAUUUACAUUCACUAGUUCCGUGUCACUCUUUCAGUGACCUUUAGAGCAUCCGCAACGGUGGACUCCUUCUUGGAGUCCUUAUCAUUAUUAUAUUAAUUUUUUUUUUAUUUUUUUUUUGUUUGAAUAGUUAAGGACUCUAGUCAAAAUAAUGUGUCCAAUGGUGAUCUCCAAUUAGGAGUUCUUAGAAAUAAAAAAAAAUAAUUUUUUUUUAAAUUGAAAUUGAAAUUUUAUUAAUUGCAUGAUUAAAAAUAAAUAUACCAGAAAAGAAAAGUUUAAAAAUGUAUAAGUUUAAAAACUAUAAGUUUUUCAAUUUCAAUGUUUUUAAAAAAAUUAUAAAUUAUAAGCUAAAUAAUUUCUAUUAGUUUUUCUUAUCUUAUGUAUAAGUUUAUCUUCUUAAAACUAUAGGUUUCAUUUAAUAUAAGUGUGAUAGAGUUUAAAAAUGUCUAUGUUUGAUACAAGUUUAAAAAUGUUUACAAGUCAAAUGUUUACAAGUCAUAACUGCCACGUAGACAAGGAUUUGAUCCUUAAAUUCCUUAUGUAAGAGCACGUGCAACGGAGGAUGACUCCAAAUCCGUCACACGAGUCCGUCGAAAAAAUGAUAAUAUAAUAUGAUUAUUAAUGCUAAUAACAUUAAGGAUUGGUCCGUGAUUAGCAUGUUGACGGACUCGAUCCUUGGGGCACGUGGCGAAAGGUGAGUGGAUGAAGCGAGAUUGGGUUAGGAGGUGUUGAGAAAAAUUAGGUCAUUCGACCGAAGGAAAGAAAAAAAAAUUUCCUCUCGACGCUCUCGACUCUCGACGGCGAUUUCGUAAACCCACCAUCGCGAUUGGUCUCCCUCGCAUCCUGAAGGUAAAUCGAAGGCUUGUCUGCUAUUUUCAUCGAUCUAGAGUCGCUGUUUCUUCUUUUCCUGUCAAUCUAGGGUUUUGUUUUUUCGAUUUUGGGAUUUUUCGUUUUAAAAUUAGGGUUUGAAUACGAUUUUGGUAUAAAACGAAAGGGGGGUUUUGGUUUAAAUCGUUUCUUUCGCUUUGUUCAUUUUGUUUCUUCUCGAUUUUGGUUAGAUAAAGGAUUCAUUGAAAUUCAAUUCGUGUCUUCUCGAUUUUGUGUGUCUAUGUCGAUAUGUUUGUGUGUCUUUCUCUUUUAUGAAGAUCGUUGCUAAUCUGUGCUGCUUGUUUCUCUCUUAUGGUGGAGGUUAACGAGAAUGGGUCAAUAUAGCUACAGCCAGCCGUCCUCAUCAUCCGCGGAGGUGGAUGUAACCGCACUUCUCGAAGAAGAAGCUCAGUUGUACGCGGAUGAAGCUCGGUUGCACCCGGAACGUGCAACGGCGGAUGAGGCAGAGAGUAGCUUUGAUAUAGAGAAAGCGGUUCACGAGGCGACUCUCGACUUUCAGACGCAGCUAAGGCGGGUUAAUGAAGAAGGUACAGAGAGAGAGCAGAAGCUGCUGCUGCUAGAGAAGAGUGUGCACGAGUUAGGAAAGGAUUUAGCACGAGUUAAGCUAAUGGGGUGCGUACUAGUGGUGAUAGCUUUGCUAUUCUUCGUUCUACGUGGUAAGUUUUAGAGUUCAUUGGAAUUAAUAUAUAGAUUAAUCGAUGGUUUGACAACAUUUGACUGCAUUAUCUUAUGUUUUUGCAGGAGUUCCUUCAAAGGCUUCAACCGGGACUAUUCUAUCACCUCAGGAGUGGCCAAAUAAGUCAGGUACUACGGUUUUAAUCACUUCUCUUUGGAUUUUCUCUUCAAAAGAAAUUCAUAUUGUUAGAAUGCUUUGAAUGGUGUUUGGUGGUAGAAUAAAAAUUAGGACUGUAAUAAUAAAUGCUACUGAAUAACUUUAUGUCUUCCCACCCCGUUUGAUUUGAUUGGUUUUAAAUAGGCUAGUAUGCUUCCUAUCAUCACCUCUGUUUCCUAGUAUAGUACUUAGGAUGUGAUUAUUGUUAAAUGCUUGUAGUUUGCUUCCCAUCUUCCUAACUGCUCAACUUUAAUUGUAUAAUAAAUAAACAUGGUUUACUUAAGCCUCUGUGUAACUAGUAGAGUAACACAAAAAAAAAACUAGAGAGAUGGAUGGUUUCACAAACCUUCUGCAUAGUCAAAUACCUAUAGACCUUGAGUCACCCGAACCUUAUUGGUUCGGGUCUGAAGUUCCUGCUCAGUCUCCUAGCCAAGUCCCUGCUGAGUCUCCUAGCCAAGUCCCUGCUGAGUCUCCUAGCCAAGCUGCUGCUGAGAGGAGGAAAUAUUCUCCUAGAGAAGAUAAGAUCCUUAUUGGUGCUUGGCUUAACACCAGUAAGGAUCCUAUCAUUGGCAACGAGCAGAGAGUUGGGGCUUUCUGGAAGCGUAUUGUAGAGUACUACAACGCAAGCCCUCUGCUCGUUGGUCAAAUUCCGCGAGAGAUUACUUCUUGCAAACAGAGGUGGAGUAGGAUCAACGGGGAAGUAUGCAGGUUUACUGGAUGCUAUGAUGCAGCUUUGAGGGCGCAGAAAAGUGGGGAAAAUGAUGAUGAUCUGAUGAAAGCUGCAUUAAAUAUAUACUUCACCAAGUAUGGUUGCAAGUUCGCACUUGAUCACUGCUGGAGGGAGCUGAGGCAUGACCAGAAAUGGGCCUCGAUUUAUGUGGCUAAGGAAGGUGGAAAGGAAAAGCGGAGGUCCGUCUUGGAGGUUGAUACAGAAGAAGCGGACGUGGGAGAUCCAGAGGAGAGACCAAUCGGGGUUAAGGCUGCGAAAGGUGGCAGUAAGAAGAAGAAGAGUGGUAGAGAAGAAGAGUUGUCCAAGCUUCAGAACGUGUUAGAACUUAAGGAAAAACUUUCAAAAAACAAACUCCUUGAUCGCUUGCUGGCGAUGAAAGAGCCUUUAUCUGAUAUCGAAAAAUCACUUAAACUGAAGCUAAUGUCUGAAAUGAUAUGAUGUGAACUCUGUGUUGAUUGAGGUUGCUUAGUAGUCCCUGUGUACUAUGUUGUUUCAUGUUCUUUUACAGCUAAGCUAACAUGUUUUUAAUAUGUUGUUGCAGGUUAGGUGAAGUAGUCACGGGCGUCUGAGUGUUUUGGUCUUUAGCAAGAUGAAGUAGUCACGGAUACAUUUGGAGUAGUGAGAGCAUUUUGGAUUGUAGCUCCAGCUCACAAGUGACGGGGUAGUUGUUUUCUAUAAGUAAAAGCUCUCUAUGUUUCUCAUUGUACUAAACAUCAGAAAGCUUUGUAAUAUUUGUGAACCAAGAUCUCCUUCUACUCUUGUAAUAGCUCUCAACUCAGGUUUACUCUUUAACUAUGGUUCUAGUUGUUUAAGCUUGAAUAAAUUAGAUAACAUAACAUGGUUGUUGUUAUUUCCUUGCUUUUCUUUGGUUAUAUUUGAAUAUAUUUUCAUGUCAAUGGGUUAUAAUGGAAACGUUCAUUUUGUUGUCCUUUUAGAUUGUUUUAAUCAAAACGUAAAUCGCUUUCAUGCAUCAAAACGUAAUUUGGUUACACGAGUACUAUAAAAGGCUUAAGAAAUGACGAUUAGGAAGAAAUCAAGAAAUUAAAAUAAAAUAAGAAGCAUCUUCUCUUUAAUUAUUGUCCAGCCAGUAUGUUUUCAUUAAAAUUGUAAACUUGUAGGAAGGUAUGUAAAGUCAAAAUAAUUCAUUAAAUUACUUCUUAGUAUACUUUUGGAUCAACUGAAAAUAAUAAUAUUUUUUCACCGUAGGAAUAUCUACUAAUGUCAUCAUCAUCAUCAUCUGAUGAUGUCGACGAAAGAUUGGAUGAUAUUAUCGACGAAAUCGUCGAAGAUACAUACAAUGAUAUUGUGGAGCCCCAACCAAAUAAUCGACGGAGACGUGCUUAUGUAGAACGAUAUCGUGAAGGAGGCCAUAACCGUUUAUGGAAUGACUACUUCAGCGUAGACGCGACAUACUCGGCACAGUUCAGACGGCGUUUUCGCAUGAAUAAGGAUUUAUUCACGCGUAUUGUCUAUGAACUCUCAGAGAACAUUCCGUUCUUUCAACAUAGACAAGAUGCAACCGGGAGGUUUGGUCAUACACCGCUUCAAAAAUGUACGGCAGCAAUUCGUCAGCUUGCUUAUGGUUCUGCAGCUGAUGCGGUUGACGAGUAUCUCCGAAUUGGUGAGAGCACUGCACUUUUGUGUUUACAUAAGUUCACUGAUGGAAUCAUCCGGUUGUUUGGACAAGAGUAUCUACGAAGACCCACACCGGCGGAUCUUCAAAGACUUCUCGAUAUUGGAGAGACACGUGGGUUUCCUGGGAUGGUCGGGAGCAUUGACUGUAUGCAUUGGGAGUGGAAAAAUUGCCCAACCGCUUGGAAAGGACAAUACACACGUGGAUCAGGAAAACCGACAAUUGUAUUAGAGGCUGUAGCUUCACAAGAUCUUUGGAUAUGGCACGCCUUUUUCGGUCCUCCAGGUACCUUAAACGAUCUCAAUGUCCUCGAUCGGUCUCCUGUUUUUGAUGACAUUUUAGAAGGUCGUGCCCCUAGGGUAAAGUACGUGGUCAACGGGCAUCGAUAUAAAUUGGCGUACUACCUCACAGACGGGAUAUAUCCAAAAUGGUCAACAUUUAUCCAAUCUAUUACACUCCCCCAAACUCCUAAACAAGAAUUAUUUGCUAAAGUUCAAGAAGCAACCCGUAAAGAUGUGGAGCGGGCUUUUGGAGUUCUACAAGCCCGGUUUGCGAUUGUGAAAAACCCGGCUCUUUCAAUGAACAAGGCAAAGAUAGGGAAGAUUAUGAGAGCAUGUAUCAUACUACACAACAUGAUAGUCGAAAAUGAACGAGAUGGAUACAUUCGUUAUGAUAUUUCAGAAUUUGCAGAAGGAAACGUCACCAGAAGUUCAGAGGUCGAAACCGAGAGGCCUACAAAUCUGAAUAAUAUGUUUCCCAAUCGGAAUGAUCUUCGUGAUAGGCAAAUACAUGAACGAUUGAAGAAUGAUUUAAUCGAAAAUAUUUGGAACAAAUUUGGUGAAGAAGAUUAAUAAUUAGCUCUUUUAAGUUUUGUCAUAGUAUCUUUUUUUAAAAAAAUUCAAUGUAUUGUAAUAUUUUUACUUCUAAUAAUUUAAAAUAAUUUUUCAUUU